AUGGGUGAUGGCUUGGCCUGCUCUGCAGAGGACCUGGGGGACCCAGGGGACCAUGGGGAUGGGCCCCGUGUGAAGGUGGGCAAGGGGUUUUAUGAGAAGGUCCAGGCGCUGCACCAGGACCCCAAGGCCUCGGUGGACAACCCCUUGCUGGCCUUCAGCCUCAUCAAGCGGCUCCACUCCGACUGGCCCAAUGUCAUCUACAGCGUUGAGGCUGCCGAGAACACCCAGGCACUCCAUGCCGGCCUCAAGGAGGUGGAGCAGGAGCUGCCUGGAGCCGAGGAUCUGGACGGGGCAGCCCGGGCGCUGAUGCGGCUGCAGGACGUCUACGCACUCAGUGUCAAGGGCAUGGCCAACGGCGUCUUCCAGCGAGCCGGUGCCAGCCGCCCACCCCUCUACAGCCCCGGCCGGCGCGUCUCCCUCUCCGCCGAUGACUGCUUCCACGUGGGCAAGGCUGGAAACAUCUCCCACGCCUUGAGCCUCUCCAAGGAGUUUCUCCUCUACGUCCCGCACCUCGGCUGCUCCUACGAGACCAACGGCAGCCCCUACCUCCUGCUCCAGCCUGCCAAGAAGGAGAUGAUCCGGAUCCGGCCUUACGUGGCUUUGUACCACGAUUUCAUCAGCGAUGCCGAAGCUGAGACCAUCAAGGGGUUGGCAGGGCCUUGGCUGCAGAGGUCCGUGGUCGCCUCUGGGGAGAAGCAGCAGAAAGCCGAGUACCGGAUCAGCAAGAGUGCCUGGUUGAAGGACACCGCCGACCCGGUGGUGCGGGCCUUGGAGCAGCGCAUCGCUGCCGUCACCGGCCUGGAUCUGCGGCCACCCUACGCUGAGUACCUGCAGGUGGUCAACUAUGGGUUGGGAGGCCACUAUGAGCCACACUUCGACCAUGCCACGUCCAGGAAGAGCCCCCUUUACAGAAUGAAGUCAGGCAACAGGAUCGCCACCGUCAUGAUCUACGUGAGUCCCCUGCCAUUUCCGGGCCUAGAGAGACCGCACUCGCAUGGUCAUCAACCCCUCUGUGCUCUGCAGAACGCAGCUCUCUUCUGGUGGAACCUGCGGAGGAACGGGGACGGUGACGAGGACACCCUGCACGCUGGCUGUCCCGUCCUGGCAGGGGACAAGUGGGUGGCGAAUAAGUGGAUCCACGAGCACGGGCAGGAGUUUCGGCGGCCGUGCGGCGCCAACCAGCAGGACUGA